GGCUCGGGGCCCGAUGGAGGCGGCCGCGCCGCUGCCCCCGGUCUAUGUCUGUAGCCCGGAGUACCUGACGCUGUGCGACUCGCUCUGCAAAGUGUCUAAACGGGCCAGUAUGGUGCAUUCUUUGAUCAAAGCAUAUUCCUUACUCGACCACAUGAGGAUAGUCAAGCCCAAAGUGGCUUCCAUGGAGGAGAUGGCAAGCUUUCACACUGAUGCCUAUCUGCAGCACCUCCAGAAGGUCAGCGAGGAGGGGGACGAUGACCACCCGGAGUCCGUGGAGUAUGGACUGGGUUAUGACUGUCCAGCCACUGAAGGUAUCUUUGACUAUGCAGCAGCUGUAGGAGGGGCCAGCAUCACAGCAGCCCAGUGUCUGAUGGACGGCAAGUGCAAGGUAGCGAUUAACUGGCCUGGAGGGUGGCAUCAUGCAAAGAAAGAUGAAGCUUCUGGCUUUUGCUACCUAAACGACGCCGUCCUGGGCAUCCUGCGGCUGCGUCGGAAAUUCGACCGCAUCCUCUAUAUUGACUUGGACUUGCAUCAUGGGGAUGGUGUGGAAGAUGCCUUUAGUUUCACCUCCAAAGUCAUGACUGUGUCUCUGCAUAAGUUUUCACCAGGAUUUUUCCCAGGAACAGGAGAUGUGUCUGACGUUGGCCUGGGGAAGGGGCGAUAUUACAGUGUCAACGUACCUAUCCAGGAUGGCAUUCAGGAUGAGAAAUAUUACCAGAUCUGCGAGACUGUGUUGAAGGAGGUGUACACGGCAUUCAACCCGGAAGCAGUAGUCCUGCAGCUGGGAGCAGAUACGAUAGCCGGGGACCCCAUGUGUUCAUUUAACAUGACUCCAGUGGGGAUUGGCAAGUGUCUGAAGUACGUUCUCCAGUGGCAGCUGGCUACUCUCAUCCUGGGAGGAGGAGGCUACAACCUUGCCAACACAGCCCGCUGCUGGACAUACUUGACCGGGGUCAUCCUGGGGAGAACGCUACCCUCCGAGAUCCCAGAUCACGAGGGAUCAAAGAGACACUGCGUGGUCCUGCUUAGAUACCACAAACAGAACCUAGUCAUUUUACUGAGGCGCCUCCUCCCCUUCUCCCAGAGCCCUGGGGAGCAGCAGCUCAGCGCUGUCUGUGGAACAAAAGAGACUUUGUACCUGCUGAAUAAACUCCACUCCACUCCCCACUCCACCAGCUGCCACAAUGCUCCCAGAAGUGAGCAAACAGGAGGCCUGCCUUUCCAAGACCAUGCAAGGGGUUUGGGGCGGGGAAAAGAGAGAUUUGCAUUUAGGACGACAAAAAAAAAAAGCCAUCACAAAGCCUGA